AUUACUGCUGUCCCGUUUCAUCAGCAACGAAUUUUGUAGAUGCGUAAAGGGAUUCUUCACAAAGAUUGCACCAAGCGCUACAUCGACAUAGCCUGAAUGAUGACACGCUAGCAGCCCAUUCCGGUAUCCGUGGAAACUCAACAAGCCACCAAGCCUCAGCAGCGGAAGCAAAACAAAGCAGACCCAGUCAGACAGCUAGUGUGGGGUGUUCCUCGGGUUCCUUGGAUAUGGAACGCAGAACCCACCACCGCUUAGCACCUUGCCUGGUGUUCCCCGUGUCGGUUCCAGUGCUGGCUUUGCUGGGAUGCCUCCCCUGUAUGCUGCUGGGGUUCCCCUUUGGCCCCGCCUACCCGCUGGACCCUACACCCAGGAUCACAGUCCCAAUCGAUGGGCUUCUGGGUUGUAAUCGCUUUAGUGGUGGUGCGGUGAACUACAGUACACUGCUGCUGGAGGAGGAGGCUGGGGUUUUGUAUGCAGGAGCCAGAGACGCCAUCUACGCCCUCGACACCAACAACAUCUCCAGCACCAGGAGCAACUACACGAUAAAAUGGCCGGCCACGCCAGAGCAGAAGAGACAGUGCCUGAAUAAAGGCAGAGACAAUCAGACAGAGUGCUACAAUCACAUCCGCUUCCUGCAGCGGUUGAAUGAGACUCACUUGUAUACCUGUGGCACGCACGCCUUUAAGCCCCUCUGUGCCUACCUGGACGUGGAGCAGUUUCACCUGUCCCGAUUCGAGGACGGUCGAGACAGGUGCCCCUAUGACCCAGUGAAGAGCUACACAGGGAUGCUUCUGGAUGGCGACAUGUUCUCCGCCUCCCAGUACGAGUUCCGCAGUAACUCCGAUGUGCGUCGCAACUUCCCCUUCCCCCUGCUGAAGACGGAGGAGGCCCCCACCAGAUGGCUGAUGGAGGCUGAUUUCGUGGGUUCAGCCCUGCUGAGGGAGAGUGUGAACAGCUCCAUUGGUGAUGAUGACAAGAUCUACUUCUUCUUCACGGAGAAGGACAUGGAGCAGUCCCCCUACUCCAGCCACACCAGGGUGGCCAGGGUGGCACGAGUAUGCAGGGGUGACAUAGGUGGUCAGCGUACUCUGCAGCGGAGGUGGACAUCCUUCCUGAAGGCUCGUUUGCUCUGCACCCUGCCUGACUACCAGCUGCAGCUCAACGUGCUCAAGAGUGCCGCCCUGCUGGAGACUCCCAAUGUCACAGACAGCCUCUUCUACGGUGUCUUUGGACUGGAAUGGAAAGGUGCGAAGGCCUCAGCCGUGUGUGUGUACUCCCACUCUGACAUCCAGAAGGCGUUCGAUGGACCCUAUAUGGAGAUGCAGGACUCCAAAUGGAGGGAGUUCACUGGGAAGGUGCCGGAACCAAGACCCGGCUCGUGUAUAACCAAUCAGCACCGGGCGUUGCUCAUCAACUCGUCACGUGACCUGCCGGACAACGUGCUGUCGUUCGUAAGGCGCCACCCCCUGAUGGCCUCGCCGGUGCUGCCGCUCCGAGGUCGCCCUCUGCUGGUCAAACGCAGCAUCAACUACAGCAAGAUCACACUGCUGCCCGUCGCCGCUGCCAGUGGCGCUGUGUACAACAUGCUGUUUCUGUGUACAGAUGAGGGCUGGCUGCACAGGGCAGUGGAGCUGGAAGAUCACGUGCACAUCGUGGAGGAAUUGCAGCUGUUCAGAGUACCCCAGCAAAUCUACAGCAUGGUCAUCUCACAAAGCCAGAGGAGUGUCUACCUGUCUUCUCAGUCUGGUGUGGUGCAGGUUCCCUUAUCCACCUGUAGGAGGUACACCUCAUGUUUCGACUGUGUGUUCGCUCGAGACCCAUUCUGUGCCUGGAACGGCAGGACGUGUGUCGAUAUCUCCCAAUACGCAAACAGGUCAACUCUGAUUCAAGAUAUUGAAAUGGGGAAACGGGGCUGCCCCAGUAACACACUGGAUUGGUCUGCUAUGCACCGCACCCGCUCUGUGAUGGCAGGAGACGAUGUCUUACUCCAAUGUAAGCUGCGCUCCAACCUGGCAACCCCCCUCUGGACACUCAACGGCCGAGACCUGGCAACCUCCUCCAGUUCAGGAUCCAGUUCCACUUCGUCCUCGGGUUGGAGUGCCGGUUCUGCGGUGGUCCCAGGCUGGACCUCCCCCUCGUCUUCGGGCUAUCGCGUGGGUCCGGACGGCCUGCUCAUCGUGUCCGCGCGGCCCCGUCAGAGCGGCUCCUACCGCUGCUUCUCUGUGGAGAACGGCCUCCGCGUCCCCUCGCGCCGCUACACCGUCUGGAUCCAGGCCCCCGUCCUCCCCUCCCCCUCCUCCCUACGGCCCGACGACGACCGUCACCGUGACAACGAGGACGAUUAUGACAUCGCAGAUGACGAUGAUGAUGAUGAUAACCAGCUCCUGUUCCUCAGCACCAGCGCCCCCACGCCGCUCUCGGCGCUGCCUGCCCCCCUCCCCCCAGGGGGCCCCGAGGGCUCGCAGGCUUACAGACACAUGGAGGCUCUGUACGUCUCCCUGGUGGCCGUCCUGGGGGGGCUGUGCCUGGUGCUGACGGUGGUCCUGCUGUACGUCAGCUUCUGUGCUCGUGGUGGUGGAGGUGGAGGUGGAGGUGGGGCUGGUAAUCAGAUCAGGAAGUACUCCCAGCAGUUGGCAGGGGCCAUGAGUGGCGAGCGUAAACGCAGCUCGCACUUCGAGCUGAAGACCGUGUCGAGCCACUGCAACGGCCGCUCGUCACGGCGCGGCACCGCGUUAGCCGAAGACGGCAGCUUUCUGCAGAUCAUGUCUCCGGGCGGCGACGGCGGCUGCAUUCCGGGGUCGCCGUGCAACAGCGACCGCACCCCUCCGCCCGCGCCGCCGCUGCCCGUGGCACCGCCCUUACCCGGCGGCGGCGCGGAGUACGCCAACACCAACGGGCUGUCGGCCACCCUGCCCAGCGUGCUGCGCAAGAUGAACGGCAACAGCUACGUGCUGCUGGGGCAGGCGGAGGUGGCGGAGAGCACCUCGCCCCUCUACCACUCCUUCACCGAGGAGCUGAACCGCAUCCUGGAGAAGAGGAAGCACACGCAGCUGGACGACGACCCGGCACACGAGCACGAGCAACACCUGCAGACGGACACGGAGAGCUCCUUGUAGAGGCGGACUACUAGUAGCACCCUGUUGUAGCCACUCCCUUGUCGAACAUACAGAGACUACAGAGCGCUGUAUACCCUAAAGAUCUCCUCUUCAUCCUUCCAUUCCAUUCAACUCCCAGAGUAGGGGUUGGCAACAGGUAACCUAGGGUAAAACAGACACUUCUUGAAUAGAAAUGGAGACUUUUUGUACCAGAGGACCCCUAAACAGCGUAAAAUUGCCUAAUGCUAGAAAGAUGUUCUGGCUCUGCUUUCCCCCUUACCACACGCGAAAUUACCCAUAAGAGGUUGCCCUGGCCAACAAGUAGUUCAGGCAAAGCAAGGGAGUGGUGUCCCUGAUCACCCAAGGGCCCCAAGAGGAUGUUGAUAUGAGUAUAGAGCAAGACGGUUUAAUCAGGCAGAGGCGGAGAGCACCUCUCCCCUCUACGACUCGUAAACCGAGGAGCCGAACAGCAACCUGGAGAGGAGGAAGCAUGCACGGCUGGAGGACGACCCGGGAUACGAGCAACAUCUGCAGACGGACACAGAGAGCGCCAUGUAGCGACAUGUUGCACUGUGACCAGUGACGAUCCUACAAUUACUGGCGCCGCUCGCUCCACCCAAUCACAGCCCCGUCCCUGGCACACAAAAAAAUCACAAAGAAACGGCGAGAAAAAAAUGCUCAUAACUGCAGAUAAAAAACCUCUAAUAUCAUGUUAUUAUUGCAAUAGCAUUUUAAAACUAGCGCUAAUUGGAGAUUUGUGAUGGUGCUCAACUGUAUAAUGAAGAAUCAGAAGCCCCAACAGCUCGAUGAUGAUUAUGAUCAGCACUUGUAGACAGACACAGAGUGCCAGGUAGGGACGUAGCAUCUACUUGUCACCCUACACACAGCCACAUACAGAUACACACAGCCAUGCACCAGUACACACAUCCUAUCCGUGCCCCCUCUUCAACACUGGACCCUACCCAGUUUUACCCCAGUGCAGUCGGGACACAAGGACGUGGCAUCACUCUGUCAGCCCACACACAGUCGUAUAAACACACACAGAUGAGAUCUCACCCCAUUUAUGUCCUCUUACUGUAGGCACCUCUAAACCCCCAGCCAGGUAACCUACACCAUUUGCCACCUCCACGUCAUCCCCAGGUCACUAAACAUGGGCAAUAUAGUUUUUUGAGUGGUGCUUUGUUUUUUCCAACUUUUAGUCUAGGUACCUAGGUACCGGUUUGCCUCUUGUUUCCUGUUUCCUCUUGUCAUUGCCGUGUGUGGUGAUAGUGGGUGAACCUCGGUGCAAUAAGAUCCCUUUUUUGUGUUCUUGUGAAAACAAAACAAAAAAAUCAUUGUGAUAAAAACGGUGAAAAACUGUGUUGUCUGUACAGUUGAACUCUGCAGUGCUGUGAUCCUGUUGCCACACUGGAAUACUACUGAACUUUAAUUGAACGGCCAUAGAACUGAAUAGAACUUCAAUUGAAUGGCCAUAGAACUGAACUGGUGUGACAGAGAACCAUGACUUCUGACGGAUUCUGAGACGAUGAGUAUAGAUCAUUGGUCCACGACGCUGUAUUUAUUUUGUAUUUAAUGUACGUAAUUGACCUGUCCUUUUUUUUCUCGGGUAAAAAUAAUAUUUCUUGUAUUCUUGUUAAACGACCUAAGCAUUUACUGUUUGUAUGAUAUUGCAGGAAAGGAAAGGCCAUAGCAAGCAGUACUGAAGUCUGUGGGAUUCCAAUCUGUGAGAUUGGACCACAUCGCAGGCUCUUUUUAGAAGCUCAAAGAUUGAAUGCACUUGGAUGAAUGGACUGAAAAUGACUUUGUGCUUGAUCCCCUGGGGAACUGUAUUUUGUUGUACAGUAUAUAAAAACAAUCGAAUUAUAUUAUCCAAGUGUGUGAAUACAAUGCAGCCAAUAGUAGCAACUCAAUGACACUAUAUAUACAGUAAUAUCUAUUACAGAAGGUAGUGCAUCGUGAGAAACAGUAGAUGAAAGUGUAUCCCUGGCUAGGGCGCCUAAAUGAUGAAGAUUAAAGCAAACAGUGUUAAUAGUUUGAUCCUUCACAGUUUAAGGCAAAACAAGAUUAUUUGCACAGCAGAUUUCAUACUCUGGGGCAAUGGCAAGGCUAAUUAAGUAGUGCAUCCAAAGACGAAGCAGAGCCAGGGGUGGUCCAUGAUUUAGAAUUGCAAAUUAUACUGUACAUUUUCUUCAAUCAGCAACCAGCAGACGUGGUGUGUCCUCUUCAUUGUGUAAAUAUGACAGCAGAGUAAAAUAGCCACGGUGCCAAUGCUGUUCAUUGUUGAAUCUGAAAUAUUCAUCUCAUGGUCAAUGGCCAAGCACAAGUGGUACCGAGCAAUGGCUAAGGACAGAGAA